ACAUAAUUAGCCACCUCCAUGAUUUGUCGUGGGGAUUUUCCUAUUUAGUCCUUUAUUAUCAAAUAUUAUUUCAGUGGUCCUUUUUUAUGGGGACUUACACCCACUCCCGGUCCCGUCCCAGACAUGAAGAGAUCAUCACCAGAAGAUUAUGGUAUUUUAAUGAUGCAUGGAGGUGUUCUCUGUUUUGAUUUGGAGUAGUAUUAAGAAUAAUGGGAAAGCUUUUGAGAAUGUACAUGGAAUCAUCAAACUCGUCAAGUGCCCGUGUCCGGACGAAUUUUUGUUCAAAAAGGGUUUGGGCAAUGGGAUAAGGGUACACCCGAACGAACAUCUUGACAUAAAGGCACCUGAGCUGAAUAUUGUUGGCAUCGAUUUGAAUCUCGAAGUGGACUUGAAAGAUGGAGAUGGCCGUGCAAUUAGUUAUGGCGAAGUGUGUUGGGAUGAAAGGUCGGUUGACUCGCCCAUCGUAUGGUAUGGCAAGCCAUUGUGCUCAGUCAUCCGGGGUGACAUUGGGUAUGCAGCACUCCACUACAUGCUCAUUCCUGAUGGGGUAUACGCAACGGUAACGGUUAGCAUCAAACGAGGAGGAAGAAACAACAACAACAAUGCUCACGGGAGUAUAUUUGCGGAGUACAGCGAGUAUAGGUACGCAACCUGGGACAGGCCGAUAUUCAAUAUUGAUAUGGGCCGCGUAAGGGAACAGAGCAUCAAAGGAAGUUGUGGCAAUGCUGUUGCUGUUGUGAAUGUGCUGUGGAGCGAAGUUGAUCCGCCUUUCAGGCUUAGGGAGAACGGCGGCAGCUCAGAGGUGGAGGAGGAGUACUUUUGCAGGGACUCGGAUUUCGGGUUCUGUCUAGACGACGACGAAGACGACUGCGGCGACGUCUCAGAUUUGGGAUCCGGUCAAUAUUUGGCUAGUCAGCCAACUAUACAAGUAUGAGUCUGGGGGCAUUUUAAUAGUCUGGUAUGUAUGUGUAUGUACAAGACAACAGACUAAUUUAAGUCUUUCGUGCUGUGUAUCACAAAUUCGGAUAUUAUUUGUGCUGGUAGGAUGAAUUUAAAAUCUAUUCAUGUUCUUUACCUAUUUUUGUUACUUAAGUAACAACGUAUACGUAAAUUUUAUUGUGAUGAAGAGGGUAACAAUUUUUUUCCAAACGUGUACGUGAUAUUGUAUAGUGUGUAAUUUGUGCUAGAUUUGAGUUCUG